CGUCUAGAGCGGCGGCGGCUGCUGGCUAGGGCUGCGGCGCGCGUGCAGAGUUUGCUGCUGGUUCGCCGCCGGGUCGGGCUCCGCGGCCGGGGCGGGAGGAUCAGCACCUGAGGCCGGGCCCGCAGCCCGCGACUUCACAGCCAGGCGGCGGCGCUGCUGCUGCGGGGCUUCGGCGCGCAGACCGGCCGGACAGCAGGGCGGCUGGCGCCGGGGGCCGGGGAGCGCCAGAUGAUGGAUUUGGACAUGCCUCUAUGAAGAAAUGCCACAUGGUCCGAGAGCAAACAUGUCCAGGCUACUGCCACUUUAGUGGACUAGGGCUUGGUGCCAACGCUUCCCGGGUAAUCAGGCGUGGUCUGACCCAGGAUCAAGAAGCACAUCAUCACCAAUGACAUCAUGACAGCAAGAGAGCACAGCCCUCGCCAUGGUGCCAGGGCCCGUGCAAUGCAGCGGGCUUCCACCAUUGAUGUGGCGGCCGACAUGCUGGGCCUCUCUCUGGCAGGAAAUAUACAAGACCCAGAUGAGCCCAUUUUAGAAUUUAGCUUAGCUUGCAGUGAGCUGCAUACUCCUUCACUAGAUCGAAAGCCAAAUAGUUUUGUUGCGGUGAGUGUCACCACCCCUCCUCAGGCAUUCUGGACGAAGCACGCACAGACGGAGAUCAUUGAGGGAACCAACAAUCCUAUAUUUCUAAGCAGUAUUGCCUUCUUUCAAGACUCUCUUAUCAAUCAGAUGACACAAGUCAAACUCUCCGUGUAUGAUGUCAAAGAUAGAUCUCAGGGAACAAUGUAUUUACUGGGCUCUGGAACGUUCAUUGUCAAAGAUCUGCUCCAGGACAGGCAUCAUAGGUUGCAUUUAACACUAAGGUCUGCAGAGAGUGACCGUGUGGGUAACAUCACCGUGAUUGGCUGGCAGAUGGAAGAGAAGUCAGACCAACGUCCCCCUGUGACCCGGUCUGUGGACACUGUCAAUGGGAGGAUGGUUCUUCCCGUCGAUGAGAGCUUGACGGAGGCAUUAGGAAUCCGAUCCAAAUACGCUUCAUUGCGAAAGGACACUUUGCUGAAAUCGGUGUUCGGUGGUGCCAUCUGCCGCAUGUACCGGUUUCCAACCACUGAUGGUAACCACUUGCGGAUCCUGGAGCAGAUGGCAGAGAGCGUGCUCUCCCUGCACGUGCCCCGGCAGUUCGUGAAGCUCCUACUAGAGGAAGAUGCAGCCAGAGUGUGUGAGCUGGAGGAGUUGGGAGAGCUGUCUCCUUGCUGGGAGAGCCUCCGGCGCCAAAUUGUCACCCAGUACCAGACCAUCAUCCUCACAUACCAGGAGAACCUGACCGACCUCCAUCAGUACAAAGGGCCCUCGUUUAAAGCAAGCAGUUUGAAAGCAGAUAAAAAGUUAGAAUUUGUUCCCACAAACUUGCACAUACAAAGGAUGAGAGUUCAAGACGAUGGAGGAUCAGAUCAGAACUACGACAUCGUCACCAUCGGGGCGCCAGCAGCACACUGCCAAGGUUUUAAGUCAGGAGGUCUCCGCAAAAAGCUGCACAAAUUUGAAGAGACCAAGAAACACAGUUUUGAGGAGUGUUGUACAUCAUCUGGCUGCCAGUCCAUAAUCUACAUACCACAGGACGUCGUCAGAGCCAAGGAGAUCAUCGCCCAGAUCAACACCCUGAAAACCCAAGUUAGUUACUACGCAGAGCGGCUGUCAAGGGCAGCCAAGGACAGGUCUGCCACUGGCCUUGAGAGGACACUCGCCAUCUUGGCAGACAAGACACGGCAGCUGGUCACAGUCUGUGACUGCAAGCUCCUGGCCAACUCCAUCCAUGGGCUGAACGCUGCACGGCCUGACUACAUUGCCUCCAAGGCCUCUCCCACUUCGACUGAGGAGGAGCAGGUGAUGCUUAGAAAUGACCAGGAUACCCUCAUGGCCCGGUGGACAGGGAGAAACAGCCGAUCUUCCCUGCAGGUGGACUGGCACGAGGAGGAGUGGGAGAAAGUGUGGCUGAACGUGGACAAGAGCCUAGAGUGCAUCAUUCAGCGUGUGGACAAGCUGCUGCAGAAGGAGCGGCUGCAUGGCGAGGGCUGUGAGGACGUCUUCCCCUGUGCAGGCAGCUGCGCCAGCAAGAAAGGUAACCCGGACAGCCACGCCUACUGGAUCAGACCAGAAGACCCCUUCUGUGAUGUUACCUCCUCACCAUGCCCCUCCACCAUGCCCUCCACUGCAUGCCAUCCUCAUCUGACCACACAUUGCAGUCCCCCUCCUGAAGAGUCCAGCCCAGGUGAAUGGAGUGAGGCCCUUUACCCGCUGCUGACCACUCUCACCGACUGCGUGGCCAUGAUGAGUGACAAGGCCAAGAAGGCCAUGGUAUUCCUGCUUAUGCAGGACAGCGCGCCCACCAUAGCCACCUACCUGAGCCUGCAAUACCGCCGUGACGUGGUCUUCUGCCAGACGCUGACUGCCCUCAUCUGCGGCUUCAUCAUUAAGCUGAGGAACUGCCUGCAUGACGAUGGUUUCCUGCGCCAGCUCUACACCAUCGGGCUGCUGGCCCAGUUUGAGAGCCUGCUGAGCACCUACGGGGAGGAGCUGGCAAUGCUGGAGGACAUGAGCCUUGGGAUCAUGGACUUGAGGAACGUGACCUUCAAAGUCACUCAGGCCACUUCCAGCGCCUCCGCAGACAUGCUGCCCGUCAUCACAGGAAAUCGCGACGGGUUUAAUGUGCGGGUCCCUCUGCCAGGCCCACUGUUUGACGCCCUGCCCCGGGAGAUCCAGAGUGGCAUGCUGCUGCGAGUGCAGCCUGUCCUCUUCAACGUGGGCAUCAAUGAGCAGCAGACACUGGCCGAGAGGUUUGGCGAUACAUCUUUACAAGAAGUUAUCAACGUGGAGAGUUUGGUGCGGUUAAAUUCCUACUUUGAGCAGUUUAAGGAAGUUUUGCCUGAGGAUUGCCUGCCUCGGUCUCGCAGUCAGACGUGCCUGCCAGAGCUGCUGCGGUUUCUGGGUCAGAAUGUGCAUGCCCGGAAGAAUAAGAACGUCGACAUUCUCUGGCAAGCUGCUGAGAUCUGCCGUCGCCUUAAUGGGGUCCGGUUCACCAGCUGCAAGAGCGCUAAGGACCGUACAGCCAUGUCGGUGACGCUGGAGCAGUGCCUGAUCCUACAGCACGAGCAUGGCAUGGCCCCGCAGGUCUUCACCCAGGCCCUGGAGUGCAUGCGCAGUGAGGGUUGUCGAAGAGAAAAUACAAUGAAGAAUGUUGGAAGUCGCAAAUAUGCAUUUAAUUCCCUGCAGCUGAAGGCUUUCCCCAAGCAUUACAGGCCUCCCGAAGGGACUUACGGAAAAGUUGAAACGUGAACACACGGUUUCCUCUAAUUAGCUGUUACAUAAUAAAUGUGGGUACCCUCUAGUGUCAUAUAUGAAUUCUUCAAGAAGACCUGAAGGAUUGGUUUUUAUUUUUUGUGUUUUUUUAAAAAAAAACAUUUCACUAAAGAGUCUCUGGAGCAUGUUUUUUGUUUUUUGGGUUUUUUUCCCAUUGGAAUCAAUAGGAGGUAAUGUUUGGCUCAAUAGUGUGGAUAGUAACAACUGCCCAUUUAAAUAGCCUUUGGCUGUAACUACACAGAUCUCAUCAGUAGUUACCUACAUGAAUCAAGCUAGGUCUGUCUGAAAUGCUAGAAGACUUUUUCAAAUGCCUGCUUGCUCACUUAUUUUUCUACAGAGUAACUCAAAAGUGACCAUUGAAUUACAAUCCACUUUGUAAAAAUCUGAAUGUAAAACAGUAAAUAAUAAAUUAAAUAAUUGGAUCCUAGGCAGACCAAUAAAUGUUAUUUGGGGAAAGAAGCUAGCACUAUCUCAUGCAGUGAGAAUAACGGGUUCUAGUGAAUUAUCCUAUCUACACCACCACCUGAAGAAGUUGAAAGAAAGAUUGAUAAAUCAAUGGGAGAUAAGACUUUAUUAGAAGGUAACACCUGCAAGGUACCCCACACAGUUGGGGCCACUCUUUUGUCUGUCCCUCAUGAAUUACAGAACAGGGAGUCUGCUGGAGACACAAAGCCAGCUGUAAGGUCCCUUUAGCCUGCCUCCUGUUUUCUGAAGCGCCCUGCCUAGGCUCCCCCAUGCCCAGAGGACACAUCUCCCCUUCUUCUCUAGAUGUUAAUCUAGGGCUUCAGAUGUGGCAUGUCAACACUCCCAUGGGGAAUUUAUGACCAUGGAGAUAGUAGAAACCUAAAUAUUUUAGGAAAACUUUUUUUUUGCAGGAUUUCCAGUUUAUCUUUGAAAAGACAGUACAAUCAUAUUUGAAUGUCUGAUAAAGUGUCUUAUUUUUAGGUUUGCAAUAAUUGUUACUUUCUUAUUAUGUAAGAUGACUAUUGAGAAACAGUUGAAAUUAUUCUCCUCAAAUGAGAUUUUGAAAGGGAUUUAUGGGCCAUAAAACUUAGGAAUUUUGUAGAAAAUUUUGUCUGGUCAUCUUUUAUAAGAUGAUGAUGAGUCUUAUCUGCACAUAGCAGAGUUUGUUUCUUAGGAGUUUAUAUGUUUUAUUGAUUGUUUAUGAUGUUUACAUGUUCUUGAAAAGGUUGUAAAAGAAGUAUAUAUGGCACAUAUUAAUGAUGCUGAUCCUAAUGAUUUGUGAACCUCUUAGAAAUUCUUAUGUCUAAAAGCCUAGAGAUUCUUCUGGUUCCUUUAGAAAUAUGUAACAAAGUUGGGCCAGGGGUGCUGAGGCAUGGGGAGGACUGCUUAUUGGCAGGAACACAGAGGGGGUGGGCAUCAGGUAGGGGUGGAACUGGAUGACCUUCCAGACCCCCUCCUACUCAGAAGUCAGCAUGCAAGCAGCACCUGCUGUCUCCCGAUGCCUGCAGGGAGGAAAAUGUCUGUGAAGGACACUUUAAUGAAGGAUGAAGCUCUCUGCUGCUCCCUCAAAGCUGGGUUCACUGUGGCAGGCAGGAGGCAGAGAAACUCCUGCCCGCCAAACCCACCGCACGGGUGGCUGCUGCUGGUGUCAGAUUAUCCUUUUUAAGUGUCAAUUUCUGUUCACAGUUUUCAAUAUGGCUGAUUUACCCUUUCACCUCUCCACCAUCUCAUUUAACUUGUAAAUGUUGAGUUCCGUCUUUUCUCAUUUUAACUUUAAAAAAAUCUCCUUGCUUUUUAAAAAUAAAUAUUACCCACAUAGUUUUCAGAUCUUUUUUGUCUGGAGAGCAUUAAAUAUCUGCACUCAUCAAAGGGAAUAUAGCAAACGUUGAUCAUCUGUCAGCAGUUUUGCAUGUGGCACCUUUAUAUGAAUUAUUUUCCCAAUUUUUGCUUUAUGUAAUGGGUCACCAUAAAACUGUAAGACUUGGCAAAUGCUAUAGAAAAGAUUCACGUUUCAGUAUUCUCUCUGAAGGCAUCGUUCCUGGGCUUCCGGCGGCAUCACACACUUCCAGCGCCUGCAGGGUGAGGGAGUGUUGCACAGCCUUGGAGGCAACAGCUCCUCUCUUCUGUGGGAGCUGUGAGUUUUCAGAGGCGCAGGGAAGGCAGUUUUACAGGUUACCGUAAAAUAAGAGGUUCCGUCCGGUGUUCCUUAUAAUGCCUCCCCAUUUAAAAAGAAAAGAGAUCUAUGGAAAACUGGGAAUGUAAUGUGGAUUCUGUCAGAGCUCCUACAGAGCACAGUUGCCUUUAGUUUCCUUUAAAGAUGUAAAAAUAUUGUAUAAUAGUUUUGUCCCUACACAAUUGUAUUUGCCAAGCUUAGUGCGUUAUGAUACCUUUAUUUAUUUGUUUUGGGCAGUAUUUAUAUAUAUAUAUAAACAUACAGUUACUGUUUUAUAUAUUCUUAGGUCAUUCAAAGCCAUGUAUGCUGUAAAUGUGCUAGUCUUUAGAAUGACACAUAAUAAAUAACUGACAAGAUAUUAAAUGUGGUCUUGCCUGAUUCAUCCUAUUAGGAGGACUAGUUCUAUGUCACCAGCCUGUGAACGGACCAUUGUUGGGCAUUGCGUUGAGUGCUCGGGUGCUGAAUACAUAUGUUUGUAAACGUGGGACCAUGGGAGACUUCCAUGUUAUAAGCUUGUUUCUGCCUAAUUUGAAGCAGGGGGCGACAGGGUUGAGGUUAAGAGCAUGGACUUUGGGAGCAGACAGACCAGGUCCCAAUCCUGGUUCUGCCCCUCACUGGCUGGUGACUCUGAGCAAGUUGCUUGACCUCUCCAAGCCUCCGUUUCUUCAUGUGCAAAGUGUGGACAACAACAGUACCUUCCUCAUAAGGAACGUGCGAUGAGCCUCAGAAGUACGUGUUCAUAAAUGGUAGCCAUUGUUGUUACCUUCCCGUCCGUGAACAUGGAUCACAUCAUCUCUGGGUAGCCCAGUCCUCGCUGUAUGACUUGUCAAAAUGCAGUUCCACUUGUAUUAAUAUUGACCCUGUUCAUUGUCACCAGGACUGCAUCUUGCACCACUGUGCCGUCUUCUAGGCACACACGACCCGUUAUCUCCCUUGGAAAAACUCCUGUCACUGGAAAUGUACAAUUAAAGGAUGAUUGAAAUGUUUAACUCUUGGAGUUUUUAGUAUUACCAAGCUCCUAGAAAUUUAAGCUACCACCAAAAAUAACAUGCCUUUUCCCUUUAUUCUCAUUGAUGGUAGCAGUGCACCUCGUUUCAGUGUCCUGAUUCCUUGAUUCCUUGAUUACUGUGAACACUGAACAUCUUUUAUACCUUUAUGAUAUUUCUAUGUUUGUGACUUCAUUGGAGUGUUGAUCUAUUUCAUAUAGAUUGUUUUUAAUAUACAAUGUAUUAACCCCUGUCA